AAACUGUGGGAAGCAAGAAGCAAAACAGCUUUCUUUCCACUUCCGGUGCGUUGCGUCCUCACUUUUCCGGCGCACGGAGGCGCUCGCGUGUUCUCGCGAGAGGCGGGAAAAGGCGCAGUGUUUGAAACAUGGCGGACGACGUGGACCAGCAACAAACUACCAACACCGUAGAGGAGCCCCUGGAUCUCAUCAGGCUCAGCCUGGAUGAGCGAAUUUAUGUGAAAAUGAGAAACGACCGAGAGCUUCGAGGCAGAUUACAUGCUUAUGAUCAGCAUUUAAAUAUGAUAUUGGGAGAUGUGGAAGAAACUGUGACAACUAUAGAAAUUGAUGAAGAAACGUAUGAGGAGAUAUAUAAGUCAACAAAACGGAAUAUUCCGAUGCUCUUUGUCCGUGGAGAUGGUGUUGUGCUAGUUGCUCCUCCGUUGAGAGUUGGCUGAAACAAUCUAUCCUGUAUGGGAAAAAGGAGACUUUGUACAGUUGCCUCUUUAAAUGUACAAAACAUUCAAAAGACAAACCUGCAUACGUUUUGAUAUUGAGAAAUAACCCAAGGAUUCUCCCAUUCCUGAAAUGGGUCGAUUUGCAGAUAACUUAGAACUUCUUGAACUAAAUGGCAUUUUUGUUUUUCUCCAACCCUUGCAAUGAGUGUGAGCACCAAGAUGCAAAACUCUUUUUCAGGAGUUGGUUUGCUUCAUUGUUCUUACAGGCAAUUUCUGAUUUUUGUUUUUUUCUUAAAUUAAAUUUGAUGUUUCCUUUUCGAUUUUUUUAAUGGUCUCAACUUGCGAAUUCUUUAAGCACGUCUUACAUUCACUCACUACACAUUUACAGUGCAUCUACUACGUUUGAGGAACCAGGUUGAAUGCUGGGAACUAGAAUUUUGUCACCCUGCCUCCUGCCCUCGAGUCUUCUGGGGAGCCAGUUGUUUCAACCAACAAUUGCAGGGCAGUGAUGUCAGUGCUGAUAGAAGAAUUCACAUACGGGAGGAUGCCAGAGGAACCAAGAGAAGAGCACCCAAAUCAGAACAGGGCAGGGGUGGUGAUGUGUCAUUGUAAACAUUAACAUUGCAAUAGAAGACAAAGCCCGA